CUCCAUCAGUGUGUGAGUGUGUUUCACGCGUCUGAUAUCGUGGGUGAUCCCGUGGCCCAGAGUCACAGGCAGGAGGUCGUCCCAACCAGGGUGACCAGCCACUGGUGGUCGUUGCAAAGAGGCAGAGGAGGUAGUGGGCUGGGGACGGUGGCAGGCCCGGGGGUGGGGACAUGGCCAUGGGGGGGCCGCAUCCCGUCCUCCACUCUGCAGCGGGACAGGCGCUGGGGCUGGGGGGCCUGGAGCGGGGGUCUAUCCCGGGGAGGGCCCCGACUCUCCGAGCUCAGGCCGUGGCUGAGUGGAGGGGUGGCCGGGGCAGCAGGAGGUGCAGGUAGCCCCGGAGGAGGAGGAGGCGGAGCAGAGAAAGGAGGCAGGAUGAGAUGCUCCCGCAGGAUCUGUGUUCUCUUCGGCUCGCUGGCUCUCGUCUUCCUCACCUCGCUCUUCUUCUCCGUCUCCCUCCGCGGGGGCGUCAGCUUCAACUACCUGGAGCCGCCCGGGUGGGAGGAGUCGAGGCGAGUGAAGCUCGUGCCCAGCUACGCGGGCGCACACCGCCUGUCAGCACCUGACGCCCCGCAGCAGAAGACAUGUGCCUGCCCACGCUGUGUCGGAGACCCUGGCGUUUCUGAUUGGUUCGAUGAGAACUUUGACCCGGAUAUCUCACCUGUUUGGACCAGAGACAACAUCCAGCUGCUGUCUGAUGUCUACUACUGGUGGGUGAUGUUACAGCCCCAGUUUAAACCACACAGCAUCCAGCAGGUGCUGCUGAGGCUGUUCCAGGUGAUUCCCGGAAGGUCUCCGUACGGCUCGUGGGAUCCGGGACGCUGCCUACGCUGCGCGGUGGUGGGAAACUCCGGAAACCUCCGCGGGGCCGGGUAUGGCGCCACUAUAGACGGACACAACUACAUCAUGAGGAUAAACCUGGCCCCCACAGUGGGCUACGAGGAAGACGCAGGCAGCCACACCACUCAUCACUUCAUGUACCCGGAGAGCGCCAAAAACCUGGCUGCCAACAUCAGCUUCGUGCUGGUUCCCUUCAAAACACUGGAUCUUGUGUGGAUCACCAGCGCUCUGUCCACCGGCCAGAUUCGAUUUACCUACGCUCCAGUGAAGCAGUUCCUCCGUGUAGAUAAAGACAAGGUCCAGGUCUUCAACCCAGCGUUCUUUAAAUACAUCCACGACCACUGGACCCGGCAUCAUGGACGCUACCCCUCCACGGGCAUGCUCGUGCUUUUCUUUGCCCUUCACGUCUGUGAUGAGGUGAAUGUGUUCGGUUUCGGGGCCGACAGCCGGGGGAACUGGCACCACUACUGGGAGCAGAACCGCUACUCCGGAGAGUUCAGGAAGACGGGCGUCCACGAUGCCGACUACGAAGCCCAGAUAAUCCAGCAGCUGGCCAAGGCCGAAAAAAUCACUGUAUUCCCUGGGAAAUAACCAGCAAGUCACGCAGCAUGAAUCCAAGGGUUCAUGUUAGGAAACAGACACUUAGAAUGUGUUAGAUAUUCUCACUUUCACUUAGCUCUUUCAGUUCUGGUUUGCAGACGAUGUCAAUCAAAUCCAAACUGAAGGCAAGAUGAAAUGUCAAAAGGGAACUGGUACCAAUUCUCUUUCCCUCACGUUUGGGAAAUAGCUCAACAGUCUUGGUUCUGAUUGGAGAACGUGGUGUAGGAUCAAGGAACAGGGAUCCUAAGAUUCAUGUAGAUCCAUAAGUAGUUGUGCUCACUUUAAACUGACAUUAAAGGGAGUGUUGAGCCUUAAGUUUGACUGUGAGGUAACUGGCUCAGCGUGAGGAGUGACAGACAAAGACCACUGAUCUCUUUCCCAGGGCAGCUUCACCACAAACACCGACUUUGACUGUGUACAGUGCCGAGACAGCCGGAGAGGGAUGGAUCUCACUGAUAAAUGUCCCACCUCUGGACUCAAACCAGUGGAAUUAGUAUUUAAUCCAUGCAACAUACUGCAAAUACCACCCUAACUGCACCAUUAGCAUCCAGGGGGCCACAUGGUGUCUGACAGGGAACUGACAGAUCACAUUCUAACCUGUGGAUAUUAACAAACACCAGGAUCAGACCAGAUUGAGGUUAUGGACACUGUGGACACUGUGGAAAACUGUAGCGCUUUCAGACGUUAUUGUACUGUCAAACAUUUCGAGGGCACCGGGACGACUGCUGCAGCUCUGCCAGGACCCCAGGGCCUGUUUUGAUUUGCUGUCACUUGAGAGAGAAUUGUUCUUCUCAAAUCACAUACGAGGUAAAACAUCUCUCGCCUCUUAACUCCACUUUAUGUCAGAAGACAGCGUCUCAAGGACUUUCUCUGAUGGGCUGUAAAACGAUUGGUUAUGAGAUGACAGGUGGUUGCUGUGGGUUUGUAGCGAGUGUCCUUUAAACCCCCCCCGAGGUCCAAACAAGCAUUAGCAAGGCUUCGGUACCUUGCAGAUCUAUUCAAGACUUUUGCUUUUGGUCUGUUCUGACUCAAAAACGUUGGCUGCAGCACGAGCAUCAGCUUCUCUGGCCUGAUUUCCAACGCCACAGAAACCACAGGUCCAGCAGCAGACUCCUGACUCACUGGGAGAGCGUUGGUUUGACUCCGUGAGACUCUAAUGAGGCCAAAAGUCCAUCUCCUGGGAUUUCAUGUUUGAAUGGAGGCACGCUGGUUUCUGGACCUGAGUUAAAUCCCCAUGUGGUCUGUGAGGGUCUAAUUUGGGAGGAGGACUGGGGAGCUGGGGCAUGAAGAGCCAGUCUGACAAAGCCAGCAUUAGAAACACAUCACUUGCUCCAGUGUUUUAUAGGAUGAAACUAAAAAGUUUCCCCGGUGUUGUUUAUCCUCUUCACACUCCUACACAGACUGUGCUGGGUUCACCACUUUGGUUUCUUAAAGGACUGAGACAAAAAGAAACCACUGCUUCUUGUCCCUGUCACACAUCUCCCACUCUAACCUCCUGUGUCCCAGCGAAGUGCUUUCGCCCCAGAUUAAGGUGAAAGAAACUCCCACUGGAUCUGGGACCUAUUUAACUUCAGUCAGCAGCUCAGCGUCAUUAACCACCAGCCCUAUGGUCCCUGCUCAGCCAAUUAGAACGCCAGCUAUGUCUGGAAGGGGGUGUAGCCGCCAGACGCCUUAGACUUCACCCCCCCGUUCUGCAUAAACUGCACUACCUGUUCUGGUCCUCCCGAUGAAGGCACAUCCUCCUGCAGACUGCAGAUUUCAGCUGUUGGUUUUCUACUGUUUAGUGUUAAGUUUGCACUUUGGCCGGAUUCAUACUAUUGGCUCAGUUUUCCAUCCAGGUGGCACAUUAACGGUUCCACCAGCAAACGAUAUCCAUUUACAAAUUUGUAUCCUCCAUUGUUGGUCAUUUAAAUCUUGGAACGCCUGAACAAAUAUUUGUGAAGGAAGUGCUGCUAGACAGGCUCGGAAAACAAAUAUCCAAGAGACGGUUCCGUAGAGAAGCAGGAAAAUAGAAGUGUUUGUUUUGAGCUGAAACUGUAAAUCCGUGUUAACGCGAUGUGACAGAUGUGUUUGUAAAGACAGAGCCGCAGGCUGCAGAGGAGAAGAGCAGCGUUUCAACAGUUCAAAGUUCUACGUACGUGUGGUUUUCAAAGUGCAAUGACUAAUAUCUUUCCUGAGUAUUUACGCUAAAUUUAUCUUUUUGAAUGAAUCAACACUUUCUUCAUAUUAUUUCAUGUGCUCAGCAGAAAACUGUAGAAAAGGUAAAAGUCUUAGUUGACUGAAAUCGCCUGGAAACCUGAAUUCAAACAUUUAAGACAUUCAAAGUUAAACGUGUCCUGUGGAGUUUUCGAUGAAUAUUAGUGCUAUGGAGUGAUCUUUUUUUUUUUAUGUGGGUGCCUGUUUUAUUUAUUCUUGUAUAUGUGCAUUUAAUAUCACAUACCUGCAAGUGGCAGGAACGCAGCGAUGCACCAAAGGUAGAGAAGAAGAAGAUGUUACACAUGAAUACUAACAAUUCAGGAUAUAAUAUGAUUUAUCGAACAAAAUCUAACAAAAACUCCACAAGGGACCUUUAAGUUUGGAAAGAGAAACAUCGUCACUUAUUUCUCUGUUUGAGUUCAAUGCCCUUUAUCACAGAAAGAAAGUAACCACUUCCUGAUCCAGAUCCGCAAUUUAAUGGCGUCUUCCUUGGGUCAUCUCCCCCCCCCCCACUAACUUUAAAACAAAUCUAUUAAGUCCUUUUUGGAAAACGCUGUUCACAAACAGAUUCUCCACAGAGUCACUUUAUUGCUCUAGUGACUCAUAAUGUGUAACAAGGAAUAGGGAGAUAGUGUAAGUUAUGAAUAGAGACUUUGUCGGAAGCUCGAGAGUCAACAGCUGCAGCAGAUGUGAAAACACAGCAGACGUCAGAAGUUUAGGGAUAAAACCACGUGACAUUGUGACGCUCGUCCUUAUUAAUGUUUUAAGUUUUAAUCACUUCUGUUCACAUACAUAUAGUGAGGAGGGUUGGGGCGUUACAGCGCCCCCAGCAGGUCAUGGGUAGAAAUGUGCCUCCGAUGCUACUUUCAGUUGUGUUGCUGUUUUUAUUGUGUUACCUGUUAAUGAUGUUGUGUAACCACACAUGACUCAUGUUUCACCGUUGUACUUUCUGCUUCCAGUGUUUUGAUCCGACUUUGCACAUAACAGAUUUGAUGCUUUGGUGUUGAGUUGGGCUCAUUUUAAGAGUCAGUGUGGCUGCGGACAUGUUUGUGUUUUCUCUCUGUCACACACACACACACACACACACACUGCCACACAUACACCAGCAGCACACACACACACACACACAUCAUUCAUGCUUUCGUGCCUUGUCCUGCUGCUGGACGUCACACAGCUGCAGCUGCUCCAUCGCUGCUACCAUCGCAUUUCUUUUAAACACACACGCAAACAUACACAUGUUUUCUGGCUGAGAGCUGUGCCUUGUGAGCUGCACACACACACACACACACACACACACACACACACAGUCUACAUGAAGACACACACUUUGCCUUCUGCUUGGGGAAGGCUACAGGCGCCUCUCGCCUCGCUCUUCAAUUCUUACUGCUUUGUACACUGACACUGUUUUUUUAAAGACGGCUGUGGGCUAAAGGAGAGGAUGUGCUGUGAAUUCAUAUCAGUUCGUACUGUUGAUACGUUUCUCAACAUACGGUCGAUGCUUUUGAGGCACUUUCUGUUUUUCCAGACGGUGAUGGAGGAGAAUAACGACGACAUUCACACAGGAUCAUCUACUAAAACUGCUAAAAAAUCAAAGCUCAUGAUAAACGUCCUAACCUUCUACAUCUGUUUCCAUCAAGUGAACAACAAGGUGACAAAGCAUCUAAAGGUCAAACACUGUAAAUAAAGAUGGACGACCUCCCACUUUGCUGAAAUGAAUCCUAAAUAUCCCAGAUUUUAAAAGCUGCCAGUCAGUCUCAAUCAUUACAAAUCACCCGUUAGCAUAGGAAAUCUAAUUAGAACUCAAACAUACAUCAGUGUGAUGUGAACUAACUAAAAAAAUCUUUGAGAAAAAUGUAUUUGACGUGUACUUUAACUUUCUAGUUUGUGUCCCAUCCACUAACUUGGAGGAGGACAGGUUGAUGUCCUACACUGUCGUCAGGGGGCAAUCAUCUGACUUAUGGGGAGAUGUUAUAAACAGACUGUGGUUUGGACAGUGUAGAGUUUUACAGAUGUGUGUUUCCCAUGAUGCUCCCUCCAGCCUCAGAAUGAAUGUGGACCUUGUUGUGGAGAUAACGUGGUUUCAUGGGGACACUGGGCCAGAACCACACAUUCCUGCAGUUGGUGGGAAACUGUUAACGGUCCACUGACCCCCCCACACACACAACACACACACACACAGGCGACACCUUCCAGCUGUUAUCAGCUUCCUGUCUCGCAGCUGAACAUCAGAUACAGAGGAGGUGAUCCCUCUGCUGAGCCGAAAUUAGACUGGACGGCUUCUCCACCUCCAGCACAUGACACAGAUAUCAGAGUCCUCUGGAGCAUUUAUAACCUAAAACUGCUCUUUUCUCCUGUCGCUGAUCCAACACACGGAUUUUUCUUUUUUCUCCUCCACCAGAGUUGAUGCUUAAUGCAACACUAUGUGACAACAGCGCCCCCUGCAGCCACAUGUAAUGAUAUCGUGAUUUUCAUGUGGGAAUGUUGAGUGGGAAUGAAAGAGGAAGACAUUCUCCAUAUUCCAAAUCUAUUUACCAUCAAAUUAAUUUGUGAAAUAAAGAGCUGCACAGGUUGAGAGCAUUUUGGGAAACAUGAAUCUUGGUUUGUUUUUCUCACGUGUCCUGGUAGCAGCAGGUUUUCUCGGGGGAAGUUUGAAUGUGUGGUUCAAUCCUCUGAUCGUGGUGAUAGAUGCGUGUUUCCCUUAAAGCUGAAACUGGACUGAUUUUCCCUUUUGGGCCUGAAUCUGUAAAAGCACCCCCGCACUAAAAGUCCUCCCUGUUCUUCUUGACGAUCGGUGGGAUCCAGGUUCCACCGUUUUGUCAGCAGAGCCACAAACGUCGGCCACUUACUGUUCGCCUGAAAUAUGCUUCAGAGCUUUGCACAGCUGCACAGCAGCAGAUGGAAAUGACUCAUAUAUAUAUAAAACCACAAUUUCAGUUUUCCUGGAAUAAAAGACGACUAUUAAACUCAUUCAAUGUAUUUUUUAUGGGUCAAUUAAACAGAACGAGGAACAAUCUGAAUCCACACCUGCUCAGAGGGAGAAUGUGCUUUUAUGGGAAUAUAGUUUCACAUUUGAGGAAAUACAUUCCAGUAAGUGGAAGACUGAUACCGCUAUAAUAUCUAUAAAGAUGGACGACGCAUCUUCACCUCCUACAUUGUUUGGAACCAGAGGUGGCGCUGGAGUGAUCCUGCGAAAACACGCACUUAACCAUUCGUAAAGUCAAGUUGACUGUUCACCCUCUGUUAACAUGGAGGAGUCGGGGUUUAUGACCUGUACUGCAGCCAACCACCAGGGGGUGAUCAAGAUGUUUUUGCUAGGAAGAAGUAAAGGUGCCAGUAAAUGUACUCUUGUUAGCUUUGGACAGAGUUAAGCUAAGCUAAGCUAAGCUAACCUUCUCCUGGCUGUAGCUUCAUAUUUCCUGCACAGACGUAAGAGUUUCAAACUAACGCUAAAAGAAAGUGAACAAGCAAAUUUCCCCUAAAUGUGAAUCUUUAUCAUUUUAACUAUAAUGUUGAUGAUGGAGAUGAUUUGGCUUCACUUUUCUCGUCAUCCAUCUUUAUACACAUGGAGGUCAUAUUGUGCAAGGCCACUGCUAGUUAGCUUUGACAGUCAUGAAAUCUAGUAUUAAUUAUAAAAAUGUACAAUAAAAAGGCGUCAAAAGAUUGUGUUAAUUAGUGAGAGGUACUAAUAAAUAGAUUGUUAGCUUUGGACUGAGUGAAGCUAAGCUAAGCUAAGCUAACCUUCUUUUGGCUUCAUAUUUUGGGGCACAGACUGGUUUCAAGCUUAAACUAAAAGAAAGUGAAUAAGUAAAUUUCCCAAAAUAUCAAACUAUGUCAUUUGAGGUGUGAUGAUGGUUUGUUUUGAUGAUGGAGAUCACGUCCGUCACUUGAUGAGCUGCUCCAUCAUCACCAGGAUGAAAACCAACGAGAUGUUCAGAAGCUGUUUUGGUUUCACUCAUGAAACGGAUCCUGUCGGGGGAAAUGAAUUCGUGGAGUUUAGAGAGUUUGUUGUCUCAGUUUGUUUGAAAUGUCUCCAUCGUGUCCUGAUGUCUGAAUCUGUCUCAUCCCGGCGUUAACGUCUCGUUCUCCAGUGGGACGGACGCGUGUGUAUUGACCACAUCGUAACAUCUGUAUGACGAGAUCAGACUCUUUGUAUCUAAUGCUUCUGUAAAUAAAAGCUUCAUGAAACGUGA